GCCUCUUUUCCUUUGCCCGGGCUGACAUUGUCUCGUGUUUCCCCUCCUCCAGGCUGCUGGUGCGCUGCGCCUCCCGCUGUUGCUGCUAAGCCGGACUCAGGCGAGUGAAAAGAGAACAAUGGCUUCACUCAAGGACAAACUGAUUACCCAAGUUGCAGCACCAGCCACCCAGCCAAACAACAAAGUCACCGUGGUGGGAGUAGGUCAAGUUGGGAUGGCUUGCGCUAUCAGCGUCCUGGAAAAGGGUCUCUGCGAUGAACUUGCACUGGUUGAUGUCCUGGAAGACAAACUGAAGGGAGAAAUGAUGGACCUGCAGCACGGAAGCUUAUUUCUUAAGACCCAUAAGAUUAUAGCAGACAAGGAUUACUCUGUCACUGCUAAUUCCAAGAUUGUCGUUGUGACCGCCGGAGUCCGCCAGCAAGAGGGAGAGAGCCGGCUUGACUUGGUCCAGAGGAACGUGAAUGUCUUCAAGUUUAUUAUCCCACAGGUUGUGAAGUAUAGUCCAAACUGCAUCAUCCUGGUUGUUUCGAACCCAGUGGAUAUCCUGACCUAUGUUACGUGGAAACUGAGCGGACUGCCUAAGCAUCGUGUCAUCGGCAGCGGGUGCAACCUUGACUCGGCUCGCUUUCGUUUCCUGAUGGCAGAGAAGUUGGGUGUCCAUCCCACCAGCUGCCACGGUUGGAUCUUGGGAGAACACGGGGAUUCCAGCGUGGCUGUUUGGAGUGGGGUUAAUGUGGCUGGCGUUUCCCUGCAGGAACUAAACCCUGCCAUGGGGUCUGACCAAGAUCCAGAGGGCUGGAAGCAAGUCCACAAGCAGGUGGUCGACAGUGCCUACGAGGUGAUCAAGCUGAAAGGCUACACUAACUGGGCCAUUGGCUUAAGUGUUGCCGACCUACUGGAGACCAUCAUGAAGAACCUUUGCCGAAUUCAUCCGGUUUCCACCAUGGUAAAGGGGAUGUAUGGCAUUGAAAACGAAGUCUUCCUGAGCCUGCCGUGUGUGCUCGGAUCUGUUGGCUUGACCAGUGUAAUCAACCAGAAGCUGAAAGACAACGAAGUGGCUCAGCUCCAGAGGAGUGCCUCUACGUUGUGGAACGUCCAGAAGGACCUCAAAGACCUGUAGGCAUACAAGUGUCACCUUUCCAGCAGCAGCAAGACCACCAACGUUCAAAGUUCGAUCCUGCACUUUUGCGUGAGCCUCUCUAGCCUAACUCAGUAGCUGAGCUUCCAGUAAUCAUCCUCAGAAACGUACAAGCUUUCGUCCACCACAGUUUAAGAUGUGUGCUUGGUGUAACGCAGACCUUCUGAAGAAAUAAAACCAGCUCUUUUGUGUGUGCUCUA